CGAAAAUCAUUUAUAUCAAUGAAAGGAACAAAUGUCUGGGGUCUGUUCUCGUAAUGACAGCUCAAGCCAGACAAAGACAGUCUUGUUCGCGAACAGCCACAAAGACUGGACAGCAACACGCACCGAACAUAUCAUGAGAAGCUGAGACUCCGUAGGCGUUGAACAUGUACAUGAAUGUGUUUUAAAAUUGUUUUGCCGUCGUACCGGUAUCUCAUAAUCAUUCGACUCCCAACAACAGCAAUCACUGACUACAAUGCCAACCACCAUGUCCCUAUCAACUAGCUCUAUGGCUGCUUGCAAGCCCUCCAAGGUCACCAAGAAAAGCUAUCAAUCCACACCGGCGCGCCAGACGCGGCGUCGAGCCAAGCUUCCAGGGAGCUCACCCUUGAUGACGGGCCUCGAUUGGAGAGGCAAAGCGCAAGAGAAUUUACCAACAGAUGCCCAGCCAGUGGCACAUACAGCAGGUCCAAAAGUGGGCGAUGAAACGCUCGAACAGAAAAAGCCAUCGCAUGCGGCAGCUUCAGCUGCUCUGCCCGCCGUCACUGAUCAAAAGACUGACCAGAUUGUUCAGACUCAAGACUGCAUAGCCACGGCGGACGAGGAGACCCGGGCGGGCUGUCCGACAAUCACGAAGCCAGCCUCUACAACGAUGGACCGCCAGCUUGCGGAACAUAUCGAUAACCACCCUGUGAGACGGGCGCUCAAGAGGAGGGCCAGCGACAAGUGCGACGGCGACUCAGACGGCGACCAGCAAGGACAGGUGGCACAGCCGGCCAUCGGAGCUGCAAGUGGCAUUCCAGGCCUGGGCCUGCUGCCAUCGAACCACGAUAUAAAAGCUGACGGCGGGCCAGUUGUACAUGCGAACAAUGCGAUGGUCGCAACAGCGACUGCAGAUGAGCCCCUACCAGAAAGCGAUGACGAGAAGAGCGACACUAACGAGUCCCUCUCAUCCCACUCACCCCAUUCGUCGACAAGCGGCUCUUCCUGGAAUUUAUCUGACGGUGGCAACAGCUCAACAAGAGGUCAGCUCUCCUUCCCACACGGUCGACCGGGGCCCAGUGUCCUCAAACGACGACGCUGUGAGGACGAGUGCGAGGCAGAAUGCAGCGGACCAUCGAAGCGCGUGCGCUGGACCCAGUACAACAUAUCUGAUGAUGGCUGGUGCGAACCAUACAACGAUACGGACCAGGUUAUGUUGAGCGACAUGGAAGAAGAAACGUUGAGCGAAGAAGAGUCCAGUUAUUGUGGCCCGUUCACGCUGGAGCUUGCACUUCCCACCCCGGCGAGUGUAGAUGACGAUGCUGGCCACGUCAUGGAACAGCGUCACUGGCCUGCGUAUGGCCCUUGUCUUGACGUCCCGCAAGAAGAGUAUGAUCCAUGCCAAGCGCCAGGCAAAACAGAACCAUACGACCCGGAAGGGCACCCCCUUGAAGAAGAAUAUGACCCGGUAGUGGCGUAUCUGGGCAUGGAUGCCACGCUCAGCGAAUGUAGCUCGUUGUUGGAAGACUGUGUUGCCUAUGACGAGAAAAUCGAUCCGGAGGAGCUUGGAAAGAGCCUGGCCUCUGCCAUGAAUAUUGAUGAAGCGGCAUCUCCCCUUUCCGAUGGCGCUGGUUGGACCAAGAAUUGGCUGGAAAAGGUGGCGCCGUUCGUGAAGAAAUCCAGUAAAGUUGCUGAUUCCAGGAAUGACGAAGGCCGGCCUUUGGGCGGCUUGGUUCUGCCAUCGCAACCUGACGCUUGUUGGGAUUGCUGUCGCGAGUCGGACGCCGGAGAGUCAAUGGAUGAGGGAGAAGAUAUGCCCGAUUGGGAGGAAGAGGAGGAAUACGAAUAUUAGGGCAAAGAGCCUCCCCUC